UCAAGGUUCAGCUGCGGGGCAACGAAUUUACUUGCCAGGAUCAUUCACUGCAAGCCCCCGCUACUACUACCAAAACUAUCAAGAUUGUGUUGCACUAUGUCGUAGGUUCGGAUGCCCACAUCUAUUCAUCACAUUCACAUGUAAUGCUUUGUGGCCAGAAAUUGAUGAAGCUUUGGCAUUCAUACCCGGGCAACAGGCUUCUGAUAGACCUGAUAUUGUUGACAGAGUUUUUGAAAUGAAACUCAAACUACUCAUACAAGAUAUAGAGAAGUAUGAAUUCUUUGGACCUAUACUUGGAGUUGUCUACACGAUUGAGUUCCAAAAAUGAGGCCUUCCACAUGUCCAUUUGAUUCUAUGGCUUAAAAAAAGAUAAGCCUAUUGAUGCUGCUCAAAUAGAUGCCUUUAUAUCCGCACAACUGCCAAAUCCAUCUGUUGAUCCGUUAGGUUUUGAGGCCGUUUCUAAGUUCAUGAUUCAUGGUCCUUGCGGAUCCUUAAAUACGUCCUCCCCUUGCAUGGUUGAUGGAAAAUGUGAUAAGUUCUAUCCAAAGAAUUUUUCUGAAACCACUACUAUAGCAGGUAAUGGUCAGGUUACUUACGCCCGCCCAAAUAAUGGUAUUACUACUGAGAAAAAUGGAGUAAGAAUUGAUAACACAUUUGUGGUACCGCACAAUGUAGACUUAUUGGUUAAAUAUCAAGCACAUAUAAAUGUUGAAAGUGUCAAUCGCAAUGGAAUGGAAAAGUAUUUGUUCAAGUAUACAAACAAAGGACCUGAUUGUGCCAAAGCUGCACUCAAGAGAAAAAGAGGUAAUCCAGACUCUCCUACGGAGAUAAUUGAUGAAAUAAAGGAAUAUCUAGACUGCAGAUAUGUUACUCCCAACGAUGCUGCAUGGCGAUUGCUUCAGUUUGAUAUCCAUUACACUAAUCCAUCAGUAGAACGCCUUGCUGUUCAUCUCCCGCUACAAAAUGGUGUUCUUUAUACAGAGGAUGACUAUCUUGAUCAGUUCAUUGAGAAUCCAUCUAAUCUCAUAACUAAGCUAACGGCAUGGUUUGAUGCCAAUCAACAAUAUCCAGAAGCCAGACAGUACACCUAUGUUGAAUUUCCUGAACACUGGACAUGGCAUGGUGAUGGAAAAUAUUGGCAUAUACGCCGAAAUAGUCGUGGGAAGGUUGGUCGAAUUGCUAAUGUUGCUCCUAACGAAGGAGAAAGAUUUUACCUGCGCAUGUUGUUGCAUAUAGUCAAAGGAGCACAAAGCUAUUCUGAUCUCCGCACUGUUGCCGGCCAUAAGCACCCAACAUUUCGUGCUGCAUGUGAAGCAUUGGGCUUGCUGGGUGACGAUCAAGAAUGGUUCCAUGCUAUGGCUGAUGCAGCACACUGGGCACUUCCCUAUCAAUUGCGACAGCUGUUUGUCACAUUACUGCUUUUUUGUGAAGUCACCAACCCUGUCAAAUUGCUUGAUGAGUACACACAGGCAAUGGGAGAAGAUAUUGCAUAUCAUGCGAAACAACUGACUCCAGAACUCCCUACAACAACCAUGGACCAACAUAUCAGAUCAUAUGUCUUAGUUGAAUUAGAAAAACUGCUCAAAGAUGCUGGAUAUAGCUUAGAUCACUUUCACUUACCACAACCAGACCACAGUUCCUCUCGGAUUCUCACCAAUAGAUUCAUUAUGGAAGAACUUAGUUAUAAUUCAAAUGGUGCAUUUGCUGAACUAGAUGAGCAGAUCAAGAGACUGAAUUCAAGCCAGAAACAUAUUUAUGAUACCAUAGAGCAUUCAGUCUUAAAUGGUUGUGGGCACACUUUCUUUGUUUAUGGUUAUGGUGGGACUGGCAAGACUUUUCUAUGGAAUACUUUGCUCAAUAGUAUUAGAAGCCAAGGAAAGAUAGCUUUAGCAGUUGCAUCUUCAGGCAUAGCAGCUCUGUUACUCCCAGGAGGUCGAACACCCCACUCACGUUUCAGAAUUCCAUUGGACAUCCACGAGCAUUCUGUCUAUGCAAUUAAGAAAAAUACACAGUUGGCUGAGCUAAUACAACAGACAUCCCUGAUUAUAUGGGAUGAAGCACCUGUCAACCAUAGACAUUGCUUCGAAGCACUUGAUCGCACACUAAGAGAUAUCAUGUCGUUCAAUAAUGAUGAUGCUUCCACCAAACAAUUUGGUGGUAUAACAGUUGUGCUUGGUGGUGAUUUUAGGCAAACUUUGCCGGUCAUCCCAAACGCAAGGAAACAACAAAUCAUGAAUGCAGCAAUCACUCGAUCCCGUAUAUGGCCGUGCUGCAAAGUUCUUGAAUUAACUGAAAACAUGAGACUCAACUGCCCAAUGCCUUGUUCGGCUGGCUGGAUGGCUGGCUGAUUUGGCGUGAGAGAAAAAUACUGCUGGUUGGCUGGCUGGCUGGCUGAUUUGGCGUGAGAGGAAAAUACUGUUGUGGCUGGCUGAAUCUCCCAGCCGAACAAGGUGCAACUCUUUCAGGCCCUGAAAGAAUUGAAUUGCAGAAAUUUGCUGAGUGGCUCCUCUCUAUUGGUGAUGGCACAACUCCUGGCAGUACAAUAGACCAGCCUGAUACAACAUGGGUUCCAAUUCCAGACAACCUUCUAUUGCCACCUGAACAAACGAACCUUACAGGAUUGAUUUCUUUUGUAUAUGAAACAACUCCACGUGUCACGGAAUUAGCAGCCUAUCUCUGUGAACGAGCAAUAUUGACACCAACAAAUGAAGUCGCUGCCAUGAUAAAUAAAGAGAUUAUUUGUAAGAUAGCCACAGAAGAAAUGUCAUACUACAGUUCUGAUUCCAUUGAUGAUCCGACAUCAAAUUAUUGCACUAUGGAAUCUCUGUACCCACAAGAGUUCCUUAACACUAUCCAAAUGAGUGGCCUUCCUGACCA